GAAACGGAGAGCAGUGGAGGAAAACUCGUGGAACGACUCCCGAACGAAGAACAAGUGGAACGUUCCACGGACGGGUGAAUGUAUCAGCCGAGGCUGAGCUCGGUGCUUCGACGAACCGCCGCGGGCGAUGGGCCUGGAUUCGACCUCGACGCUGAGAUCCUGCAGAGAGAAAGGGCCGAGUCCCAAUGGGAGAGCCAGGCCGACGCCAGAGCUUCCGCGCCCUUCUCCUGGAAGGCGUUUACCGAGAAAGUGCCUGAGAGCGAAGCGCAGCGGGCCGCCGCGGAGCAAGACAAGUUUCGCAGGUACUGCAGGCUCGCCGGGCAGCUGGCGGGUGGGCAUGACGGCGCGGCGUUUCCCAACGCUGACAGGGCCCUUUUCCAGGCGAUCAACGCGGGCCCGAAUGCUGCUGGCAAGGCAAAGAGGGACCUCGAGCUCGUGGUGGGGAAGGUGGCCGAGAGCGACUGGGACGAUGCGGCAUCCCUCGCCAAGGAGCUCCACGCUUGGAGGCGCGACCGGGUCCGGGCAUCACAGCCGCACCCGCCUGCGGCACCGCUCCGAACACCAGAGGCACGGGCGCCGGCGGCAGCCAGAGGCCAGCGGGGGCGGUCGCUGCUGUUCGGUUCCGAAAUCUCGUUCAACUUCGACCUCGACGCGCGGGCUCCGGAGGAGUCGGAGGACGAGCUGGACAGGGCGUUUCCCGGCGUGAACGGGGGCGGAGCCUCGGGCGGUUUCGCUUUCGACAGCUUCGAAAGCUUCGUCGGCAUCAGCGCUGACAGCGGCGGCGGCGGCAGCGGCUGGGGGGCGACGGCGGCUUAUGAGCAGCAGCGGUGGCGGCCUGGGGCGUGCGCGACGGUCGACGACCAGGCAUCUUCAUCCUCGCUGGGUGGCGAGGAGGAAAAAAAGCACCCUGUCCGGGACGUUGGUGGCGGUGCCGCGGAGGGAGGCGCUGUCCACGCCCCUCUUACUUCGGGUACCGGUUCCUCGGGAAAAGCGGGCGCGGAGGGAGCGGCUACGGCUGCAGAAGCGUUUGACGCCGGUUGGCUCUAUUCCAGGUGCAUGCAGUUUCACGCCCAGCAAGGGAGUCGGGGGCUACCCCCCGUGGACCUAGCCUCUUCCGUCUUGGAAACCCUCUCCCGAAGCACCGACCCCGGGGAGUUGCAGGGACCCCUGUUCGACAUAUUGGGGGAGUCGGGCCUGGAGCUAAUGAUGGAACUCAUCGACAAGGCGCCUGCGCUGGGUCGGAUCGACGCGAGAGACUUGUUCGCGAUCGCCGAUGCCCACGGUGGUGGUGGCGGCGGCGGCGGCGGCGGCGGCGGCGGCGGGGGCUCCGCUGGUAUCGGCGGCUUUGACGGGGGUGGGGUGGCCGCGGGGAUGGCGGAGAUGGGUCUGGGCGGGGACGACGCAACCGGCAGGUCUGGGCCGACCAUCUCCCGGCAGAUCAAGAUCUGGUCGACCUCAGAGAAGGAGGCGGAGAAGCUCCGUCGAAAGGAUCUCAAGAAGGCCGCCAAGCGCGGGGGGGUAGUCGCCGGCGGUCAGGGCCAACAAGACGGCGGAGCAGGCGGGAGGGACGGUGGCGGCGGUCUGGACUGGCUGCAGUCUGUUGGGUUCGAGGAGGAGUACCUGAAGCAGGAGCGUCUUCUCGGGCUGCAGGCAGGCGGUACCGGCGGCGGCGAGAGCGAAGAGGCGAUGAUGCUAGCGGGGUUGGCGCCGGAGGGCACUAGGGAGUGGCACGAUCGCAGGUCCGGCAUGCCAGCGGGGGCCACGAAGACGGUAGUGGCCGGCCAGUACGAGCAGGUUCAUAUCCCACCCCCAAAGCUCAACCGCAACAAGGAUGGGGAAGGUCUGGUGCCGAUCACGGACCUCGAGCCGUGGGCCCAGAUGGCUUUCAAGGGGACCAAGCGGCUGAACCCCAUGCAGAGCAAGGUUUACCACGCCGCCUUCAAGACCUCGGAAAACCUCCUGGUGUGCGCCCCUACGGGUGCGGGCAAGACGAACGUGGCCAUGCUCUCCCUUCUGCAGCUUGUCAGGCAGCACAUCCGAGGGGGUGCGCUCGACCGCAGCGGCAUCAAGGCCAUCUACGUGGCCCCCAUGAAGGCCCUGGCCCAGGAGGUGGUGUCCAAGUUUUCCCAGAGGCUUAAGCCGCUCGGACUGGUGGUUCGUGAGUACACCGGGGACAUGCAGCUGUCCAAGCAGGAGGUCGAAGGUUCGCAGGUGAUCGUGACUACCCCCGAGAAGUGGGACGUUGUCACAAGGAAAGGCGGCGACGGGUCUCUGGUGUCUUCCGUUGGUCUCAUCAUGAUCGACGAGGUGCAUCUGCUGGCCGACGAGCGAGGCGCCGUGAUCGAGAGCAUCGUGGCGCGGACGCAGCGGUACAUGGAGACGACGCAGACGCUCAUACGGCUGGUCGGGCUCUCGGCAACGCUUCCAAACUACCAGGACGUGGCAUCGUUCUUGCGGGUGAACUCUAGCAAAGGGCUAUUCCACUUUGGACCGGAGCAUAGGCCUGUGCCCCUGGAGCAGACGUUCAUCGGGGUAACCGACAAGCAGAGGGUUCGCCAGCAGGCGAUGAUGAACCGAGUGGCCUACGAACGGACGAGAGAGUCGCUCCAGCGAGGUCACCAGGUGAUGGUCUUCGUACACGCAAGGAAGGACACCGUCAGGACCGCGCAGGCCAUCCUGGAGCUGGCCCAGCGGGACAACGCCUUCGAUGAGUUUUCCUGCGCGAACUCGGAGCACUGGGGGAGGCACGCCCACCAGGUGGAAAAGUCCCGCAACAAGGAGCUGCGGGAUCUGUUUCAGGCGGGCGUGGGCUGCCACCACGCCGGGAUGCUCCGUGCCGACAGGGGCCUGACGGAGAGAGCUUUCGAAGACGGUGCCAUCAAGGUGCUGGUAUGCACAGCUACCCUAGCGUGGGGGGUCAACCUCCCGGCGCACACGGUGAUCAUCAAGGGGACGGAGGUUUACAACCCGGAGAAGGGUGGUCUGCAGGACCUAAGCAUGCUCGAUGUGCUCCAGGUGUUUGGGCGUGCCGGGCGGCCUCAGUAUGACACCAGCGGGGAAGCAAUCAUGAUCACAACACACAAGUCGCUCGACAAGUACCUGGCCCUGCUGGCGAAGCAAACGCCCAUCGAGAGCGGCUUCAUCAAGGCCCUGCCCGACCACCUUAACGCCGAGGUUACGUCGGGCACGGUGACAACGGUUGAAGAGGGCAUAACCUGGCUCUCGUACACGUACCUGCACGUCCGGAUGCGGCGCAACCCAAUGGCCUACGGAGUCCCCCUCUCAGACAGGGAGGCCGAUCCCAUGUUGCUGGAGAGGAGGAGGCAGCUCAUCGUGCAGGCGGCGGAGACCCUCGACGACCACAAGAUGUUGCGGUUCGACCGGCGCUCGGGCAACCUGGCGGUCACCGACCUGGGCCGCGCUGCUUCCCACUUCUACAUCAGCCACGAGAGCGUGUUCCGCUUCAAUGACGCCAUGAUGCCGACGCUGGCCGACGCCGCCGCUGUGAACCUCGUCUGCCUCGCCAGCGAGUUCGACCAAGUCAAGGUGCGGCCGGAGGAACUCAAAGACAUGGACAUCAUGCGCAAGAAGUGCCCUCUUGAGGUGAGGGCUCCCCUUGAAGAGUCGGCCGGGAAGGUGAACGUGCUACUUCAGUCUUACAUCGGAGGCGAGAGGCCCAAGAGCUUCACCCUGGCGUCGGACACCAACUACGUGGCGCAGAACGCCGGGCGCGUGUCGCGCGCCGUGUUCGAGAUCUCCCUCAGGAAAGGGUGGUGCGGCCUGGCCCUUACGAUGCUGGAGAUCAGCAAGGCCGUCGACCGGCGGGUCUGGUGGUUCCAGUCUCCCCUACGACAGUUCGGUGUUCUCCCCGGGCAUGUCCUCAUGAACCUUGAGGGGAAGGGGGGCGGCGGCUCCGGAGGGAUCGGAAAGCUGCUCGACAUGGACGCGAGGGAGGUCGGAGCGCUCUGCCACAACCAUCGCAUGGGGGACACGGUGCUGCGGCUGGCGAGAUCACUGCCGGCGUUGCACAUCGAGACGUCCGUGCAGCCCGUGACUAGGGGUAUUCUCAGGAUGACGCUCACCGUUUCCGCGGAAUUCCUUUGGCAGGACAAAUUCCACGGAGCGACGGAGGCGUUCUACAUCUGGGUGGAGGACGGCGACAACGAGCACGUGUAUCACUCCGAGAACUUUCUCCUCAAGAAGAAGCGGAGGGGCGACUCCCAAGAGCUGUCGUUCAACAUCCCCGUUUUCGAGCCCGUGCCGGCGCAGUACUGGGUGCGAUGGUGCAGCGACCGCUGGGUGGGCUGCGACGACGUUCAGCCCGUGUCUUUCCAGCACCUGGUGUUACCGGAAAGAUACACCGCGCACACACCACUGCUCGACUUGAGGCCACUACCCACGACGGCACUGCAGAACCCCAAGUUCGAGAGCCUUUACCGGUACCAGCACUUCAAUCCCAUCCAGACGCAGCUCUUCCACGUGCUCUACCACAGCGACGAGAGCGUGCUGCUGGGCGCGCCCACGGGGUCGGGAAAGACCGCCGUCGCGGAGAUCGCCAUCAUGCGGAUGCUCAACCAGCAUCCGGGGGCGAAGGCGGUAUAUGUAGCCCCCCUGAAGGCCCUCGCUAGGGAGAGACUGAAGGACUGGAGGGAGAAGUUCGGCAAGAAGAUGGACAUGGGUGUUCUGGAGUUGACGGGCGAUCACACGCCCGAUGGGGAUGCGCUCAGGCGGGCGAGCAUCAUCGUCACCACCCCUGAGAAGUGGGACGGGGUCACGCGGGGCUGGAAGUCGAGGGACUACGUGAAGGACACCGGCUUGGUGAUCAUGGACGAGAUCCACUUGCUGGGGGAGGACAGGGGCCCCGUGCUGGAGGUGAUCGUCAGCCGGAUGCGGUACAUCGCGGCGUCCGCUGGGAAGAGGGAUACGGGCACGGGCCACCGGCAGGUGCGGUUCGUGGGUUUGAGCACGGCUCUCGCCAACCCUCGAGACCUCGCGGACUGGCUCGGUGUAAAGGACUCCGGGCUGUACAAUUUCAGGCCGAGCGUACGCCCCAUCCCCUGUGAAGUCCACAUCCAGGGAUACCCGGGCAAGCAUUACUGCCCACGCAUGGCCAGCAUGAACAAGCCCACCUACGCCGCGAUCAUGGAACACAGUCCGGACAAGCCCGUGCUCGUGUUCGUGGCGUCGCGGAGGCAGACCCGCCUGACGGCGCUCGACCUCAUCAGCCUGUGCGCCAGGGCCGACAACCCCCGGCGGUUCGUCAGGAUGCCCGAGGAAGAGGCGUCCACCGCCUCCGAAUCUGUGAGGGAUCAGGCCUUACAGCACACGCUGGCUUUCGGUAUUGGCAUCCACCACGCCGGCCUGGCCGAAGGAGAUCGAAACAUCGUGGAGGCGUUGUUUGAGCAGGGGAAGAUUCAGGUGCUGGUUUGCACGUCCACCCUCGCGUGGGGAGUGAACUUCCCGGCUCACCUGGUGGUGGUCAAGGGGACCGAGUUCUUCGACGGAAAGAGCCAGCGCUACGUCGACUUCCCCAUCACCGACCUCCUCCAGAUGAUAGGGCGAGCCGGGCGGCCCCAGUUCGACGACCACGCCGUGGCCUGCAUCCUGGUUCACGAGCCCAAGAAGAACUUCUUCAAGAAGUUUCUGUACGAGCCGUUCCCCGUGGAGUCCAAGCUGCCCGCGUCGCUGCACAACCACCUCAGCGCCGAGUGCGCCGGGGGCGCGAUCAGGUCGAGGAGAGACGCUGUUGACUACCUGACAUGGACCUUCUACUUUGUGCGGCUGCUGGCGAAUCCAUCGUUCUACGGCCUCGAGGACACAUCCACCGAAGGGGUGCAGGAGCACUUGCUCGGUCUCGUGGAGAGCACCCUCGCGGACCUCGAGGACGCCGGCUGCAUCGAGCUAGGAGGUGACGUCGGCGGGGGUGUGGGGGACGGGGGUGGCGGCGGGACAGCAGGAGACGAGGAGGUACGGGCUACCCCGCUGGCGAUGGUGGCGAGCCGCUACUACCUCGACUACCGCACCAUGAAGCUCUUCCAGUCCUGCUUCGGAGGGGACGGGGGCGAGUCGGCCACCUUGGAACACCUUUGCCGAAUGUUGUCGGACGCCCAGGAGUUUGCGGAGCUUCCGGUGAGGCACAACGAAGAUGUCCUGAACGGAGAACUCUCCAAGAAACUUCCUUGGGCCGUGGGCACCGAGGAGCUCGACAGCCCACACGUCAAGACUCACCUCCUGUUGCAGGCACACUUCGACCGGUGCGCUCUGCCGAUCUCGGACUACGUGACGGACACGAGGAGCGUGCUCGACCAGGCCGUCCGCGUCAUCAACGCCAUGCUCGACAUCGCCGCCGGCUUCGGCCUCCUGGAGACCACGCUCGGGCUCCUCCGCCUGCACCAAAUGGUGGUUCAGGCGGCAUGGGAAGACGCGGACACCUUGCUCCAGGUCCCUGGGGUGGGCCCCACGCAGGCCGCGCGCCUCCGUUCCAAGCGCGUGUCCACGCUGCGCGAGCUCGCUCUUCGCGGAGAGGCUGCUGCUAAAAGCCUCCUGGAAAGUUCCGGCCUAGCGCCAGCGGACGGUAACGUUGGGAGGGGGCGCGGUGGGCGGGGCUCCGCGGGUGGUGGCGGGGGAGGGGGCGCCGCUGUGGCCGCGGCAAUGCGUGCGCUGUCCGCCAUCCCCGUGGUGAAGGAUGUCACGUUCGGCGUUCGGGCUGCGGGCGGGGACGGGGUCGAUGGGGAGCUGUGGCAGGGAGGCGAUUGCGAAGCGGACGUCCGAGUGUCCGUCGCGGUUACCGGGGGAAGGGGGCAGCACCAGGGAAGUAGGAGAGGAGGUGGAGGCGGGGGCGGCAGAGGGGGCGGCUCUCUCUGGUCCCCGCGUUUCCCGAGGGCGAAGGAGGUGGGGUGGUGGAUCGUGCUGGGUACGGAGGAUGGAGAACUUCUUGCGCUCAAGAGGGUCGGUACGCUCGGACCCCGCGGGUACAGCACUACCCUGCGCUUUCCCAGCCCGGAGGACGCCACCGGCACAGUGCCGUUGGUGCUGCACGUCGUCGCCGACGGAGUGAUGGGAAUGGACCGGCAAGCACGAGCAACAGCUACCGUGUCUAGAGAAGAGUAGGAUAUAACAACGCCGCGAAGUAGAACGGGAGGCUGACGCCGUAGCUAGAGAAGAGUAGGGAGACAAGUUUGAGUAGGCCACGAUAGCGCAGGGUGGAUAGAAGGAAAGGCAGGGAUAGAAGGAAAGCCAGGGCAAAGUGAUGCGGAGGAGGUCGAGGAGCGGUUUCGUGUGUCGAUCGAACGUUUCUAGCGAAGUCCUCGUCUAGGAAUGUCGAUGACUAGCUCUAAAGCGCUAGGGGUAAAAGAAGGCCCCAAGGACUCGCUAACGCGGCGUUCACCGUGCCCAUUUCAGGGCCUGAAUUCUGGCCUUGAAGUGUGCUCUUGAUGCGAACAAGGUUGGCGAGAAGAACGUCGAACGGUGCGCUUUGCUUGGAACUCAUCGGGCGAUGGUUCGAUCCGCUUUGAAGGAAUGGAUUCCAAUGACGUUACCCACCAGUCGUCCCCGUGGAAGGUGAUCUCGCGUGACUCAGAUUGAAUUCUCUCAUGUUCUCUUAUGCGUGCCGCGUGCCCGGUGCAGGGCAGAAGGCCGGCCAAAUAUCUUGACAGUGUGCCGCCCCAUUCUUCAUAUCUGCAGAACAACAAAAGGCUCAAAGCGUCUGGCUAUCUACUCCUAAUUGCGCUUUAUUCCUUUAGUCUACGUGCCUCACUCUAAAGCGUCUUUGUUGUUAGUUUUCCCGCGAUGCAAGUAACGUUAUUUCGUCAUCUUUCUUGCGGCGGAAUCUAACACGAAAAUAAUCUUCGUUCAUCUAUCGUUUAAUCUGCCCAAAACGCAUUUUUAAUGGAAACUACUGCACACGGGCCGCGACAAAUAUUUCGCUUUAUUCUCCGACUCGUAUUCGCCUUGAUGCCCCCCAUACCCGAAACCGGGCUCUGCAUCGGGUGUUCGAACCCUAAUUUGCUCGGUGGCACACUUUGCACCAGUCUCACAAGCACGAUCCGCCGCGGCUGCAAUCACAUCCAUCGGGCGCAAUACCCGGUUGUGAGUGCUUGGUUG